AUGGCGAGCGCGUCCUCCGGGGGCGGGGCCCCGCCUCCAUGCCAGCCGAAGCCGAGGGCUAAGCUGAAGCAGCCGAAUGAUGCGCCGUGCUGCAUCCUGCGGGUGCGCGACGCUCCGCCACGGGCGGCGCCGGACGCAGGGUCAGACGCUCCGGCGAAGCUUCCAGCACCGCCGCGCGCGGCCGCAGAGGAGGGCACGGGCGGCGCGGGCCUCGCGCCACCGAGCUCCCCUUGCCUGGGGCAGGCAGGCCCCGCAGAGGAGGGCGCAGGCACAGCGGGGCUCGCGCUAGCGAGCCUUGGUGGCACGGGAGGCGCUGGCGCCGCGGGCGAUGACCACGCGGACGCAGCGGAGCCUCCGCCAGGGAGCCCGGGUCGCCUAGACAACGGGCACGCGGCAGUUGCUGCCGCGAACUUGUCUUGCGUGGCCGCCGAGAUUGCACGGGAGUUCGACUACGCAGACGUCUCAGCAGCGGUGGCGUGGUCGUUGGUGACCGGCCGCCGCCUGCUUCUGGAAUUUGAGCGUUCGAGCCUCCAGAUUCCUGGAGAACUCUUCGCGGAGGCGGCCGAUGCGAUGGGCAGAGCCGGAGGCGAUGUCCAGGCCAGCGUAGCUCACCAUCCAGACGAGGCGCCGCUGCGAUUAGGAGUGGGCUGGAUAUCGCGGCACGAUGGGGACUGCACUGAGUUGCAUCAUGCAUCGUCAUUGGCAGACCUUGUUGGCAAGACGAAGGGGAUCCACUUCUUCCCCGUGUACGUCUUACCAGGGUUGCAAAGUUUUUCGCCUCGCGUGCCUUGCGACGGGUCCAAGUGCGGCGGCCGAGGUUUCCCGUGCAGCAGUCGCCUCGCCAGCAACUUGUCUACUCGGGGACUGAGUAUGUGGCCAGUGCUUGCGGACGGGGAUUGCCUGCCGCGCUCCGUCCUGUGGUGCAGGGGCGCACCUGACACAAAGGAGACGCGGUUGGCCGAGCGCGCGAAGGUUGCGUCCUUUCUGGCGAGCCAGGCCGCCAGCCCAGCGUGCUGCGCUGCCUGGGCGUUGGCCAUGGGGAGGUUGGCAGCGCUCUCCUCGGGAGCACAUCCAGCGGGCCCUCCAGCGCUCGCGCUAGCGAGCGCGGGAGAGGGUGCACAGGACGAUGGCGCGAGAGAUUCCGAGACAGCAGCAUUCGUCCACGGCAUUUGCAACGUGGCUGGCCUGAACCCCACAUCAGAAAUGCCCGACGCGGGCAUCGUGCUGGGGAUGACCCCGCUGGGCAGGCGCAAGAAGGCUCCGCUUUUCAGAGAGAUGCUCUUCCAGUGGUUCUGCUCUUAUCGUGGAACGGUGAAGGGCCGCAUUCUUCCUGAGACGCUGAUAGACAAGGCCAAGCAUCUGCGCGCGAAGUACAUCGCGGAGCACUUGGAGACGAACCAAGCGGCGCCCCCGAGGAUCGACGUGCCGAAGAUCACCAGCCAUUGGCUCAAGGACUGGCGCACAGAGUAUCACGUCAGCCUCCGAACCUCGAACAAGAGGUGGAAGGUUCCACGGUGGAUGUGGAAGGAGAGAGUGAAAAUCUAUUGGUGCAACUUGCUUCGCCUGCGCAGGAAGACGUCGGCGUGGAAGGGAGAGGACGUGGAAAUCGUGGAGAACCACGGGCACACGAGAGAGCGGUGGACGGCUAUGACCAUGUGCGCCACAGACCAAUUGCGCGCUAGCGCGGUUCCUCCUGCGGAGCUCCUCUUCAAGGGCGGCCCAAUUGUUUUGGGUCGGCUGCAAGAGGAGUUGGAGGAGGCCCGCACGGACAACCUGUCGGCCGCACACAAGGUCACCGUGCAGGUCUCCCCGAGCGCGUCUUACGCCACAGCGGAGGUGCUGGAGUUCAUGAGAAAGCAUCUGGAGCCUCUUCGGCCAGGGCGGGAAUGGCGGAUUGCCUCUCUGGACGUGUACGGACCUCAUCAGGCAAAGGAAUUGAUCGACGUUUGUUGGGAGCACGGUUAUGUUGGCCCCGCGCUAGUGGCGCCUGGGACCACAGGUUCCCUUCAAGGAAACGACACCCACUUGCAUGGGCCGUUCAGCGGGCACUACCAGCACAACGAAUCCGUGACAAUUUCAGCCAAGCAGGAGGCGGAUCCCGCAUCCAUGGGGAGCAUGACGCACAGAGACUGCAUCCGAUGCUUUUGCUCGGUUUGGGACAAUCCGGAUAUGCACAAGCGCGCCAGCGCGUUUGGAGUGCACAACAUGGUGCGGGGAAGUCUUGAUGGCAAGCAGAACCGUCUGGGCGAGGCGACUCUUCAGGGGCUGUGGGAUGAGUUGAACAUGGAACAGCUGAAGAGGCAGUGCCUGGCCGAAGUGGACGAGGAGUACGAUCGCGGGAACUUGCCGUGGGCGAAGGAGACCAUUGCACUCCUCGUGACAGUGUACCCGAAGAGGGGGUGCCUGGACCGUUACCUGCCCGGCCAGGACGACGAGGGGGAAUGCGUGGACCAGGACAACGAUACACCGUGGGACGAUGUUCUCCCACAGGGGGACCCCCAGGAUGCCAUCGUGGCGGCCGACGAGGAAGAGGUCCGCACGAGCGGCCCCCCCUCGAGCAGCACCCAGGGCGCGGCCGAAACAAGCGCCCAGCUGGAGAGGGCGCAGUGCGGGGUAUCGAAGGUGGAGUCCGUGGACAUCAUGAUUGAGCAUGCCCGCGCUAUCGGGCAGCAUUCUUUGCAGGCAUACUUGGAAAGGGAGCGCCUGAAACUUCUGAAGCAACUGACUGGCGCGAAGCAGGAGAACCCCGCCGUGGCCGAGGCGGUUCUCGGGCGCUUGCGUUUUGACGAACAUGAGCGCCAGAGGCGCGCAGAGGAAGCCAGAAAACACCGAGCGGACACUGAUGCUGCGAGGGGGGUUGAGGCCAAGCUGCGCGAGCACGCUUGCAGAUUAGCGCUUGCGGAGCGCGAGGUGGCGCGGCGACAAGCAGAAGAGCAGCGGCGGAAGGCCGUCGAGCACGCCGCCGUGCAUUUGGAACCGCAGAUGUUCUCUGCCGCGGUGGCCGGCAUCCGCGCGGCGCAGCACAACCGUUGGAAAGCUUUCGAGCGAGUGAUGCUUGUCGGGGCUGCAUUAUCGCCAGAACAGGAACGCAACCUGCGGCACGACUGGCAGAAGUGGGAUGCGUUUGAAUCUCACCAGAACCCCCACGGCAAUGACUGGGCCAACAUGUUCAAGGCCCAUCUUUCCAGGUUGUUGGACCACUGCCGCAGUGGGAACGCCGACCGGAUCCAGGCCUGGCGGGAGCAUAAACGCCGAACGCGUGUGGGAGUCCACGUUGCGCUGCCAGCCCUGCAGCGCUAG